AUGUACGUUUAUUUUUUCGUGUGUUUUUCGUCUGUCAGCGUUCUCAUUGGUGCCGACGGCAGUCUAAAGAUCUCCGACUUUGGUGUGGCCAAGGAAUUCACCGAAAACUCCACCAAAAUGUCCUUCGCUGGAACGGUGGCCUGGAUGGCGCCUGAAAUUAUGCGCAACGAUCCCUGCUCCUUCAAAGUGGACGUCUGGUAA